AGCUCAAUCAAUCUCCACUCUAACCCGCAACCUUGAGAUGUCUACUCAAACUGCUCUCUGGCUCCCGAAAGAAUUCGGGCAGUACAAACUUGGUACAAGGGAUACCGAGAAACCGGGUCCCGAUGAAGUGCUUAUCAAGGUCAUGGCGGCUGCGCUCAACCCCUUAGACUGGAAAGUACAAGAUCACGGUAACCGUAUGAUCAAAGACUAUCCUGCUAUUCUAGGCUUCGAGGGUUCCGGGAUUGUAGAAGACGUUGGUGAGAGCGUUACCGAACAUGUUAAAGGUGAUAAAGUCUUCUUCUCGGGAUUCAUGACGAACAGGCAUGCUACAUUUCAACACUAUACCAUUAUGCUAGCUGCACACGCUGCUAAGAUACCUGACAACAUUUCCCUAGACCAAGCUGCAUCCAUUCCAGCGGGCCUCACAACAGCUGUUGAUGCACUUUAUUCGCCAAAACCCCACGGGCUUGCAUUUACACCUCCUUGGGAAGAAGGAGGAAGGGGCAAGUAUACGGGUAAAUCUAUUGUUGUUCUGGGCGGGGCUUCUGCUGUAGGGCAAUUUGUCAUCCAAGUAGCAAGGCUAUCCGGAUUUUCCCCCAUCAUCGCUACGGCCUCACUUCACAAUACGACACUAUUGACUUCUCUUGGGGCUACACACGUUGUUGACCGCCACCUUCCGCUUUCUUCGCUGGCCCAGGAAGUCGCUAAAGUCACGUCUACCCCCACAACCUUAGUGUUUGACGCAGUGGCAACCUCUGAGACUCAACAGGCUGGAUACGAUCUUCUCGUUUCGGGAGGACAAAUUGCAGUUGUGCUUCCUCCCACUAUCCAGACAAAGCCUGAGGAUAACAAGCAGAUUCUUCUGAUGUUCGGAUCAUUCUUUCCCCCCGAAAAGAGAGAAUUUGGUACACGCAUGUAUAGUCAACUGACCCGAAUGUUUGCGGAGGCAGAGUUGGUGCCCCUCCCUGUGGAGGUGUUACCUGACGGUCUAAACGGCAUUGUCCCCGGCUUGGAGAGACUAAAGAACAAUUUAAUAAGUGGCAAGAAGCUUAUCGCCCACCCUUGGGACACUGCGUAGUACGCAGGACACGAGAAACAUGUUUGUUGCUGCUUAGAGUCGGUCGUGUUGUUGAUGUCUGGGACUGUUACCCGAAAACGAGAAUUAAAUUAGCACUGAUGAUUCACGAUGUAUAAAGUUGCAACAAUUCUGCUGUAUUGAUAGUCACGUGCGCUCAUUGGAAACUUCAAUUUUGCUUCACUGACUAAGCGCACAAUG